UCUGUGCAUUUCCUACUUUCAUGCUGUCUCUAUGCUUGAUUUGCACAGCUCAGCUGACCAGAGGAGCUGAGACAUCCGUCACCCCUGCAAGCAACUCAUCCCGGGUUGAACAAGAUGGAUUAUCAAAUGUCAACCCCGACCUAUGACAUUGAUUACGACACAUCAGAACCCUGCCAAAAAACCAAUGUGAAGCUCAUCGCAGCCAGGCUCCUGCCCCCGCUCUACUCGCUGGUGUUCAUCUUCGGAUUUGUGGGCAACAUGCUGGUUGUCCUCAUCCUGAUAAACUGCAAGAAGCUGAAGAGCAUGACUGACAUUUACCUGCUCAACCUGGCCAUCUCCGACCUGCUUUUCCUUAUCACCAUCCCAUUCUGGGCUUACUAUGCGGCAAAUGAGUGGCUCUUAGGAAACGUGAUGUGUAAGUUAUUCACAGGGAUGUAUCACAUCGGUUAUUUUGGCGGAAUCUUCUUCAUCAUCCUCUUGACGAUCGAUAGGUACCUGGCUAUCGUCCAUGCUGUGUUUGCUUUAAAGGCCAGGACAGUCACCUUUGGGGGGGUGACCAGUGGGGUCACCUGGGUGGUGGCUGUGUUCGCCUCUCUUCCGGGAAUCAUCUUCACCAAAUCCCAAAAAGAGAGUCAUCAUUAUACAUGCAGCCCUCAUUACCCACCUAGUCAGUAUCAUUUCUGGAAGAAUUUCCAGACAUUAAAGAUGGUCAUCUUGGGCCUGGUCCUGCCACUGCUUGUCAUGGUCACCUGCUACUCAGGAAUCCUGAAGACCCUGCUUCGCUGCCGGAACGAGAAGAAGAGGCACCGGGCCGUGAGGCUCAUCUUCACCAUCAUGAUCGUUUACUUUCUUUUCUGGGCUCCCUACAACAUCGUCCUUCUCCUGAGUACCUUCCAGGUAUUCUUUGGCCUGAAUAACUGCCAAAGCUCUAACAGGCUGGACCAAGCCAUGCAGGUGACGGAGACCCUCGGCAUGACACACUGCUGUAUCAACCCCGUCAUCUAUGCCUUCGUCGGGGAGAAGUUCAGAGACUACCUGGCAGGGUUCUUCCGAAAGCACAUCGCCAGACGCCUCUGCAAACACUGUGCGAUCUUCCAGCGAGAGGCUCCCGAGCGCGUAAACUCUGUAUAUACUCGAUCCACUGGGGAUCAGGAAAUCUCCACUGGCUUGUGACCUGGACUCUGUUUUUAUAUACAGACUGAGCAGGGGAGCAGUUCUUUUUGAAAAGGAAGUUACUGUCAUUGAGGGUCUAAGACCCCUCCAUCUAUGUGGCAUCUGCUCUAAGUAUAGGAGAUAGUUCAAGACCAUCAAUUCUAGAACGCUGAAUCAAAACAUGUGGGUGAAAUACCAACCUUCUCAUCUCCCCUUCACAUACACCAACUUCAUGGCAAACUCUCCCUUCACUGCAAAAUCUCAUUAUUAAAAAAAAAAAAAAAAAAAAAAAUCCCCAGAGAACUGUUGGUUCUUGAGUUUGGUUACCUGACCAGGAAUAACAAAGUGAAUCGAGAAACAUAUUGUAUAGUUGCUUACUACACAAGGCAACGUACAGUUUGUAAAUGUGUUUAAAACAGGUGAUUGUCUUGCCAUGGGGAAGAGACAUGACGUGAUCUGUUAAAGAAGGACAUCUUCCUUGUGUGAUGUUCCUCUAAGGUGGGUUAAUAAGUUCUACAGAUGUUCAGGACCAGGUGAGAGCCGUUGGUCUGGAGAGAGCUAGGAAAGCUUCUCCAGGGGGAAGGGAUCUGAAGGGGUGGGCUAUGGGAGAAGAGGGAAGCUGAGCUUCAGGCUGCAGGUGCUGCGCGGGCAAAGACGUGCAGCUGGGUGGGGGAGGCCCUGGGAGGGAGGAUGAGGCUGGAUUAUGAGGAACCUGGACAGCACUGCUCACCCAAGUCUGACAACAGAACAGGGGACCUCGGCCAGUGUUGCAGGAGGCUCAUUCCGUACCCAAAGAAUGACCUGGAAAGGUGAGCAUUUAGGGCAAGGAGACCAGCAACAGAAAGGUCAGGACAAGGAGGCCUCCGCACAGGUUGAGGCACAGGGGAUGGGAAGGAGGGGGUGCAGCGUCACAGCAUUUAGUAUGAGAGUCAGCAGAACUGGGAGAGGACUUAGACGGGAGGUGAGCGGUACAGAGUCAGAGACCCUAGGCUUCAAGUGUGCAGGUUGGAGAUGCACGGGAGGAGGAAGAGGUUUAGGUGAGAAAGAGGAGGGGUAGGUGGCGGAGGAGGGGUUGGUUUUGUGAGCUUACACACAUCCUGGGCUGUUUCUCAUCUGUGCUCAUCUCCCCAUCCCAGCUCAAUCGUGAGGCAUCAGAUUUGUGAAUGCAUGAGCCUGAGGUCCAGGAACACUUCUAGGUUAGAUAUGAGAUCGAAAUGAACAUUGAUGACAUAGUUAAUAAAAAUCCAGAGUUUUAUAAACACUGAGGCAAGAUGUGAGGGAAGCCCAAGUGACUAAGUUUCUGUCUGCCUGGGGCACAACACUGUUUGAGUAUCGUCUUUCGGAUUUAACUAUCAGUAGGCAAAAGGGAGAAGGAACAUAUUCAUUUGGAAACAGGCUGCCCCCAACUUUAUAACCCACAAAAAGUACAAUUUACCAACCUCCCUGUUUCAGGCUAAGUGUGAGAGUGUGGGGGCCUUCAGAUACUCCUUCCAGAAGCCUUUUCCAGACAAAUGGAACCAAAACACUAAGGGAGUUAUUCAUUUCAAAGGGAGGGCUAUGAAUUUUUUUUUUUUUUUUUGCAGUUGCUACUUUUAUUGUUUUGUACAUGUCUGAGAAUGUUUUGAAUUUAGGGGUAGCUGAGACCAUGGUGGCAAAGAUUAGGUGAGGAAACAUGAAGGAGUGAGAGUCACACAGGAGAUUAAGGUGUCAGAAUAAUAAGAGGUGCUACUGAUUUUUCUCAAACUCUGAAACCUGAAAGUUGAGGGUUGGGACGAUCCCCAGUGUGAAGUGAGUGGAGUGCCUGUUUUUUGGCUCUUAAGGCUGUUGAAAAUGUGUAAGUAGCAUAUGACCCUAGCCUCUGGAUCAAUUCAAAGACAUUCUGAUAUCUUUGUGUGUAUAUGCAUAUAUGUGACAUUCUUAUGUAUAUAGAAAGUUGUAAAUUGAUUCAAAGAAAAUAUGCAUCUAAUAA